AUGUUCUAUCAUAUUGUUCAUUAUCACCCAUUUAUUUCCACCUUUGUCGAUACACGGACUCCCGUUUGCAUCAUCGUUGCGAGGACUGCAGAAAGACGAGUGAUCGGUGGUCUCUUCUCCAGCCAGUCCGCCGCCAAGGAAGGCGAGUCCGCCGUCAUCGCGGUCCACUCCGCCGGGGAAUGGGCCAAGAAGUGGCAGUCCCACACCCAAUCCAACAAGCUGAUGAUCAUAGACUUCGCCGCUUCCUGGUGCGGGCCGUGGCGCUCCAUCGAGCCGGCGAUCAAGGAGAUGUCCGCCCGGUUCACCAACGCCGUGUUCCUCAAGGUCGACGUCGACGAGCUCCCGGAGGUGUCGAAGCAGUGGAAGGUGCAGGCGAUGCCGACGUUCGUGCUGGUGAAGAGAGGGCAGGAGGUGGGGCGCAUUGUGGGGACGAAGAAGGAGGAGCUCCAGAGGACGAUCCAGCUGCAUCUCAACAUGUGAAGUCGCGCUAUCUUUCUGUUGCUCGAAUAAAAAACUAAUCGUCUGAAUUAAUGGAAACAAACGUUAACGGCCUUUCCAACCGUGCUUAGUUGUUGGACUCGAGCCAACAACAAUUAGUUGUACGUGAACACCUGGAUUGCCAUCAAUGUAGGUUCCCUUGGGAAUUAAGCUGAUUUCUUUAGCCUUGUCAUGCAAGCGCAGAAGAAAUUU